UUUUUAAGAGUGUGACGAGGUUGCGGCACAGUCAAAAUGGCGGCGUUAGAAAAUUUUAGGCAACGUCGUUAGAGAGUAUCAACAAUUUUUCAAAAAAUUUAAACAGAACCUGAACGAAUCACACAAGUUGUGUUUGAAGCCACGAUGGAGGCUGGGCCCGAGGACUUCGUUCCCCCACCGGAGUGCCCCGUUUUUGAACCGACCUGGGCCGAGUUCCAGGACCCUCUGGGAUACAUCGCCAAGAUCCGGCCCAUCGCCGAAAAGUCGGGUAUCUGCAAGAUCCGGCCGCCAGCGGACUGGCAACCACCCUUUGCUGUGGAAGUAGACAAUUUCAGAUUCACUCCAAGAAUCCAAAGACUGAAUGAAUUAGAGGCCCAAACCAGAGUGAAGCUCAACUACUUGGAUCAGAUUGCCAAGUUUUGGGAGAUACAGGGUUCUUCCUUGAAAAUCCCAAAUGUGGAGCGGCGAAUCCUGGAUCUUCACAGCCUCAGCAAAAUUGUAGUGGAAGAGGGAGGCUAUGAGGCCAUCAGCAAAGAUCGUCGUUGGGCUCGUGUGGCUCAACGCCUUAACUACCCAGCUGGCAAAAACAUUGGUUCCCUGUUACGCUGUCAUUAUGAGCGAAUCAUCUACCCUUAUGAGAUGUACCAGUCUGGAGCCAACUUGGUGCAGUGUAAUACCCGUCCAUUUGACAGUGAAAAGGAUAAGGAGUACAAACCCCAUAGCAUCCCUCUGCGUCAGUCUGUGCAGCCCUCUAAAUUCAACAGUUAUGGUCGACGUGCUAAAAGGUUGCACCCUGAUCCAGAACCAACUGAAGAAGAUAUUGAGAAAAACCCAGAACUGAAGAAAUUGCAGAUUUAUGGAGCCGGCCCCAAGAUGAUGGGCCUUGGGCUUAUGGCCAAAGAAAAAUGUCUUAGAAAAAAGGUCUCAGCUUCUCAGGAUAAAGGUGGACCUGAAUGUCCUCCCACAGCGGUGGUGAAAGAGGAAAUGGGUAUAGAUCUGAAACUAGAGACAUCUUUCCCCAAAACCUUUAUGGAUGGAAAGGAGGAACUCUUUCACAGCAUGGAGCCAUGUACCAAAAUGACAAUGCGCCUUCGGAGGAACCAUAGUAAUGCCCAGUUUAUUGACUCAUAUGCGUGCCGACUAUGUGCUCGGGGAGAUGAAGAUGAUAAACUCCUGCUGUGUGAUGGCUGUGAUGACAAUUAUCACAUUUUCUGCUUGCUACCACCUCUGCCUGAGAUCCCCAAAGGUGUCUGGCGUUGUCCAAAGUGUGUCAUGGCGGAGUGUAAACGACCCCCAGAAGCAUUUGGCUUUGAACAGGCCACAAGGGAAUAUACACUUCAAAGUUUUGGGGAAAUGGCUGACACAUUCAAGUCUGAUUACUUCAAUAUGCCUGUACAUAUGGUACCCACAGAGUUAGUAGAGAGGGAGUUCUGGCGGCUUGUGAACAGCAUUGAAGAGGAUGUGACUGUGGAAUAUGGAGCUGAUAUCCAUUCCAAGGAGUUUGGUAGUGGUUUUCCCAUUAAUGAUAGCAAGAAGCAUUUGUCUCAUGAGGAAGAGGAGUAUGCAGCCAGUGGCUGGAACCUGAAUGUUAUGCCUGUUCUGGAACAGUCAGUCCUAUGCCAUAUCAAUGCUGACAUUUCAGGCAUGAAAGUUCCUUGGCUAUAUGUGGGCAUGGUUUUUUCUGCUUUUUGCUGGCACAUUGAGGACCACUGGAGCUACUCCAUUAAUUAUCUUCACUGGGGUGAACCAAAGACGUGGUAUGGAGUACCCUCAUUUGCAGCUGAACACCUGGAGGAGGUGAUGAAGAAGUUGACGCCUGAGUUGUUUGACAGCCAGCCUGAUCUCCUUCAUCAGUUGGUCACACUUAUGAAUCCCAAUACCCUAAUGUCACAUGGAGUUCCGGUUGUCCGAACAAACCAGUGUGCAGGAGAAUUUGUCAUUACCUUUCCCCGUGCUUAUCACAGUGGCUUCAACCAGGGUUACAACUUUGCAGAAGCUGUGAAUUUUUGCACUGCUGAUUGGUUGCCUGCUGGACGUCAGUGUAUUGAACACUACAGACGACUUCGGCGUUACUGUGUCUUCUCCCAUGAGGAGCUCAUUUGCAAGAUGGCUGCUUCCCCUGAGAAACUGGACUUGAAUUUGGCAGCAGCAGUACAUAAGGAGAUGUUUAUUAUGGUGCAAGAAGAACGGCGACUACGGAAAGCCCUCCUUGAGAAGGGCAUCACAGAGGCAGAGCGUGAAGCCUUUGAACUACUCCCAGAUGAUGAGCGCCAAUGUGCCAAAUGUAAAACAACAUGUUUUCUCUCAGCAUUGGCUUGUUAUGACUGUCCUGAUGGGCUUGUCUGCCUGUCACAUAUUGAUGACCUCUGCAAGUGCCCCCGAAGCAAACAGUAUUUACGAUACCGAUAUACACUGGAUGAACUUCCUGCCAUGUUACACAAGUUGAAAAUUCGGGCUGAGUCUUUUGAUACUUGGGCUGGCAAGGUUCGAGUGGCCUUAGAGCUGGAGGAUGGACGAAAGCGCAGUCUGGAAGAGCUAAGAGCGUUGGAGUCAGAGGCUCGGGAGCGUCAUUUUCCUCACAGUGAACUUCUGCAGCAGCUGAAGAAUUGUCUGAGUGAAGCUGAGAAAUGCAUUUCCCAAGCCUUGGGGUUGGUCAGCAUUCAGGAACAAAGGGUAGACCUUCCUCGGCUGACCCUAGAAGAGCUUCAGGCCUUCAUUGAACAGAUGAGCAGCCUUCCCUGUGCCAUGCAUCAGAUUGGGGAUGUCAAAAGUGUCUUAGAACGAGCAGAGGCCUUCCGGGUAGAGGCACAGAAAGCUCUGGCCGAAUUACCUGCCAGCUUGCCCCUCCUUCCAGGCCUACUGGAAAGGGCACAGCAGCUGGGGAUUGAGGUGCCUGAGGCCAAACAGCUGAGGCGACAAAUGCAGCAGUGCUACUGGCUGGAUGAGGUGAGACGAACUCUAGUUCCCCCUGCUCAGCGGGGCACCCUAGCAGUUAUGAGGAGACUUCUGGCUUUGGGUGCCAAUGUAGCACCCAGCCCUGCUGUAGAUAAGGCUCGGACUGAGCUUCAGGAGCUACUCAACAUUGCUGAACGCUGGGAGGAAAAGGCCCAUCUCUGUUUGGAAGCCAGACAAAAACAUCCUCCUGCCAUGUUGGAAGCCAUCAUUCAUGAAGCAGAGAAUAUUCCUGUCCACCUUCCCAAUAUCCUGGCACUCAAAGAUGCUCUUGCCAAGGCCCGAGCAUGGAUUGCAGAUGUGGAUGAAAUCCAG